AUGAUGCGAGAACUCCAACAACGGUUUGAUCAUUACAGCUCCCGGCGAAGUUUGGGUCCACCAAGUCAAGCUCAUUCCUACAACGAUGUGCGAGGACGUUCGCCAUCUCGUGACCCUUCACAUGCUGAUUCAAUGAUUGGAACACUGAACAGUGAAUACAGCAGCAAGCAUGGAAUUUCUACAAUUCCUAAAGGAGAUUGUGCUUUAUGUGGAAAGCCAAUUGUUGGCCAGGUAGUCAUAGCUCUGGCCAAGAUGUGGCAUCCCGAGCAUUAUACCUGCUGUGAAUGUGGUUCUGAGUUGGGACAUCGUAAUUUCUUUGAACGAAAUGGAAAAGCUUACUGUGAAGAAGACUAUCACAAUCGAUUCAGCCCUCGUUGUGGAGGAUGUAACAAUGCUAUUAAAGAUCGUUGUGUUACUGCUUUGAACAAGAACUUCCAUUUGCAAUGUUUCUGCUGCUCAGAGUGUGGAAAAGAACUCGGCGAGGAAGGAUUCCACGAGAAGAACGGACAAGUAUUCUGUAAGAAAGAUUUCUUCCGUCUUUUCGCUCCACGAUGUAAUGGAUGUCAGCAAUCCAUAACCGCAAACUUCAUCUCAGCUCUUGGAACGCAUUGGCAUCCUGACUGCUUCGUUUGCCAGACUUGUGGAAUUGGAUUUGAUGGAGGAUCGUUCUUCGAUCAUGCUGGUCAGCCACUCUGCGAACAACAUUAUCACGAAAAACGUGGAAGUUUGUGUAUCAAAUGCCGUCAACCAAUAACAGGACGUUGUGUGACUGCUAUUGGAAAUAAGUAUCAUCCUGAACACUUCCGUUGUACAUAUUGUAGUCGUCAAUUAACGAAAGGAACGUUUAAGGAAGUUGAUAAUCGGCCUUUCUGCCAUAAGUGUUAUAACACGACUUUUGCUCUUACCACUCAAGAUAAUUUUCGCUCCUAA